CGGUGCGUCCAGUGCAUGCAAUGAGCGCAGGCGUUAAGAGCAGCGCUUCGGUCCUGUGUGGCUUCUAAUUCUAACGAGAUAGUAAUCGAAGAGAAAUUUGUGGGUUUUUUUCGGUAUUCGCACGUUAUGAUGUGUUUUCCCUCUUCAUGAUACUCCUUGGGCGUCAUCUUCUCCGCCUCCUCCUUGCCGCUUUUGCACUCCUCAUCUUCUGCGAGUUCUUCAUCUAUUAUUUCAUUGCCCUCCCGUGCUCAUGGCCCAAGCUUCCCCCAGGUGAUGGUACGGGAGAGGGGAAGAUGGCUCCUCUGCGUGCCAUGUUCCUGGCUGACACCCACCUGCUGGGAAGCAGGCAGGGUCACUGGUUUGAUAAGCUACGCAGGGAAUGGCAGAUGCAGCGAGCAUUCCAGACAGCGAUGACCCUGUCCAGUCCAGAAGCUGUCUUCAUUCUUGGUGAUCUAACUGACGAAGGAAAAUGGGCCAGUGAUCAGGAGUUUCGCGAGACAGUGGAUCGCUUCAAUAAAAUGUUCAGAGUCUCAGAAAAUGUGCAGUUCCAUGUCGUUGUUGGCAACCACGACAUUGGUUUCCAUGAGUGGGUCACUAAGAGCAAGUUGGACCGCUUUCAGGAAACUUUUGACAUUCCUCCAGUCAAAAUCCUGACAAUUAAAGGCAACGUCUUUGUCCUAGUCAACAGCAUGGCCAUGCAUGGGGAUGGAUGCUUCAUGUGCAGCCCGGCCAUGGACAAACUUCGCUCGGCAUCGGAGAAACUGAACUGUACUCGGCACGGAUCACCAACUGGCAAAGUAGACGAGAGCAAGAAGACCAAAGAGAGAUGCCAAAAAUACAAGAAGUUGCCAAAUGUCAAGCCAAUACUACUUCAGCAUUUCCCCUUGUACAGGCCUACUGAGGCCAAAUGCACAGGGCCUGAUGCCCCAACCCUCACCCAGCAACAAGAAAAGAACAAGGAAAGAUAUGAUGUAAUAUCCAAGACAGCCUCUCAACAACUGCUGUCCUGGAUUCAGCCACGUAUGAUUCUCAGUGGCCACGCCCACCAUGGCUGCUAUGUCAUGCAUCCUGGUGGGGUGCCCGAGCUCUCAGUCCCUUCAUUCAGUUGGCGUAAUCGCAACAAUCCAAGCCUGAUCAUGGCCACAAUUUCUAAAGACCAUUUUGAAUACAGCAAGUGCUUCAUACCACAAGAGACAUCAGUCAUCACCAUCUACGUGUUCUUUACAAUGCUCAUACUGAUCUGGUUUGUUGUAUCCAUUUUGCAGAACUGGGGAAGGAAUUUUAAGAAAAACAGACAGGUUUAGGGAAUCAUGGAAAAAGAAAAGCCACAUUAAACCUUCUUGUCCUGCGAUUCAAUAAUGGAAAUCUUAAUUUUUUUUACUGUUUGAUAACAAACACAUUAUAAAUGAGUAGCAUGGCAUUUAUGAUCAAAGUGGUGUCAUGAUUUGUGUAAGCUUGUAUACUCUAAUCAAAUUGAAAGUAUACUUUGCGAUUUUAAAUGGGAGCAAAUGAAAAUGCAUACUCACUUCCGAAUGGUCACUGUAAAAGACAGAUUUUAAGCAAAUAAGAAUGCACAUUUGUUGUAAUUGGCAAGGAAUACGUCAAUCCGAAAUCCCAGUCACAUCUUUGUAACUUCUUUAAUGAGAGAGACAUAAUGCACGUUCAUUAAUUUGAAGGAUGCAAAACAAAGUCCAAUGCGUGUUACUGCGAAAAUGAAACCAGGUUUUAAGUCAUUUUCAGAAUAAAUUGACAUUGUAUUUUACAAAUUAGAUCAUGCAUUUUCCGAAAUUGGCUGGGCAAACCUAUAUUGUAGUCGUACAUGCAAGAUUUUACUCCUGUAAAGACAAGGCAGAUGAAUGGUCAGACAAUAUUGAGCAUCGCAUUGGAAAUUGUCACCGAAGACACCAUCCCCCACUGAACGUCUGUUGUGUGCACAAAUCACUUAUCUGUGCAUUCAGUGAAUAGUAAUAAACUUAUCAAAUGGUAUCAGCCAUGUGCAUGUGUAUGAGGUGGUUGACAGGCUAUCUAUCUGGAUAACUGUACAUGGGUAGUAUUUCUUUAGUGCAGGUCAUCAGGCUUAGCCGUUGUUGAGGGUGUACAUCUGUGCUACCAAAGCAGCUGGGUACCUGAUUGAAAAAAAACACACAGUAGUUGAAUUUCAAAUUUGAGACCAAUAUGCAGAUACUUCAUGAGCAUCUGUGUGAUAAUACAAACACUUCAGUGCCUGGGCAGUGUGUAAGGUAAGCUCAAUACACUAUAUGCUACUUUACUAUUUUACUUUGUAAAAUGUUACGAACGUAUUUCCUUAUUUGAUUUUUCUGUGGUGGUCUGGUUUUCACACUAAAGAUUCUCCACAAAUUAGCGUUCAAAAGCUUUCUUUUUCAUUGUCCCCUAAAUUACAAAUGUGUAAACUUGGUUGAGGAUACGUGGUUAAUUUGAUCAUCUUGAUUUAGUUCCUAUGAUGAUCAGGUACCUGGUUCUUAUGCACAACCCUUUCGUCAUCUGACGCUUCGUUGUCUUGCAAACCUUGUACGUAGUGGCCAUUUCUAAGAGGUUAGCCUUCUUGUACAGCAAUGUACAUGAUUUCACCUUUCGUGCAAUUGUUUUUAGGCUGUGCCUGAUUCAGCUGGCUAGUCGGAAAUGUAAAAUUUCGAAGAAAUUAUGAUUCUUGAAAUGAGUAUAAUUACUUCUGCCUCUGUUUAUAUAGGACAUUUCCUUGAACCCCCACUCAUCCUGCUUAAAGAUAAAAACACCUCUGUCACGUGUCCACAUCUGGGUCCAUUCACUGUCCUUUCCACACAUGCGCACCAGUGCUUCUUUCAGCAUCUGAAAACAUGCCAAGGGAGAAAAGUCUAUGUAUAGAGGCCGGGACGGAGGGUGGUAGUGAGGCAGAAGUAAGUAAACUCAUUUCAAGAAUCAUAACUUCUUCGAAAUUUUACAUUCUUUCUCAUUGAUAUACUUACUUCUGCCUCUGUGUUACUAAUAGGACAGAUUCCCAAAGCAGUAUAGAGGAGGAGGGAGGCAGCCUCUCUAAAUUGACUGCUCCUCCUGCCCACAAGGAGGUGGGCAGGAGUAUACAAAACAAAAAGAGGAAAACCUGAACCAUAGAACAUUGUACAAAGACAACGCUAAAAAGAUAUAGUUCUCACCGGCUCCUUCUAAUCCUGAUGAAGCAAAACUGCUCUGCCAAAAUGGCCCUCAGCUCGUUUCCACAGGUCAAGACCACAGUGUCGUGCAAAGGUCAACGAACUUCUCCAGUCUGCCGCUUUCAUGACAUCUUAAAUAGAGGCUCCCAUGAACAUUGCCCAGGAUGUGGCCAUGGCACGGGUAAAAUGAGCAUGGACUUAGUUUGCCAAAGAGAUGCCAGUAAGUUGGUAGCUUUCCUCAAUUGUCUUUACCAACCAACCUGAGACGGUACGCUUGGACACAGGGUACCCUCGUUGCUUGCCACCAAAAGCAACAAACAGGUGCUGCUCCCCAACAGCCACCAGGGAGGAUGUCGACUGACAUAAAUGGAUAAAGCCCUUUUAACGCAAAGGCCUAAAUUGGCAUCUCCAAAUUCUGCAAGGAAAAUAUCCUGGCCCAAAUGGAGUGGAGUGGCAGUCUUAAAGAGGAAACCAGGAACAAAACGAACCCUUAAACCCACCAGCCUCAAAACGCAGGUAAGGGGCUUCACGACCCAUAGCCUGAAACUCGGAACAUCGGUUCGCUGAUGCGAUAGCCAUCAGGAAAACAGUCUUAAGGGUACAAUACUGCAAAGAUGUCUCUGCUAAGGGUUCAAAAGGCACCUGCUGUAGAGCCAGUAAAACCACAUCCAAAUUCCAUGCAGGAAGUAACACCCGAGAAGGGGGAUUCUUGUUAAAGGCUCCUUUCAGAAACCUGCAAAUAGUUUCAUGCUGACCAGUAGGCCUUCCACAAAGACCAUUAUGGAACUUUGAGAUGGAGGACCAGAAAACACCUAGCGUCCGGUAAGCUAAUCCUUUCUCAAGCAAAGACUGCAGGAAGGUGCAUAUUUCCCCUACAGAUGCUGAACAUGGAUCUGUAUCUCGUGAAGCACACCAAUCUUGAAACACUGACCACUGCCUAUUAUACAUCUCUUUAGUGGAUGAGUGGACGUCACUCUGGAUUGUGUCAGUAACCUCUUCUGAAAGGCCUGCCUGGCAGAGGAGUCUGCGCUCAGUUUCCAUGCCGUGAGACAGUACUAUUCCUGUCUUGGGUGGCAUACCCUGCCCUCCCACUGUUGCAGAAGAUCGGGACGAGCUGGAAGCUGAAUGGGAACAUCCACUAGGAGGUCUAACAUUCUCGGCUACCAUGAGCACCAAGGCCAAUUCGGGGCUGUGAGGAUCACCACACAUUUGUAAUGCUCUAUGUGAUCCAGAACCAAAUGAAUCAGUGCGAUUGAGGGAAAAGCUUAUGCUGUCAACCUGUCCCAAUUCAGAGUUAAGGCAUCCUCAUGAAAUGCCUCACUGCACGGGUCCCACGAGCAAAACACCAGGAGCUGUCUGUUACUGGCUGUUGCAAAAAGGUCGAUCACUGGCUCGCCCAUUUUCUGGAAAAGAGACUUCACAACCGAACGAGACAGGCUCCACUUGGAAUUCAUCAACGUCUGCCUGAACAGCAUGUCGGCUAGGUUGUUUUGGGAUCAUUGAAUGUGCACUGCAGACAAGACGAUCUGAUUCUGCACACACCAUAGCCAAAGUCUCCAAACUGCCAUACAAAGGCUGGGAGAUCUCGUUCCCCCCUGGUUGUUUAUGUAUGACACCACUGUGGAAUUGUCUGACUUUAUUAGCACCUGUUUGCCCUUCAGAAGGUGGCAAAAGUGGUGACAGGCUUUCAUCACUGACAUUAACUCCUUCAUGUUGAUGUGCUAGAAUUGGACUUCGAUUUUCGACCACAGGCCCUGGACAGACGGACUCUCCACGUGGGCUCCCCAACCAUAGUCGCUCGAAUCUGUCUGGGGCAACCUCCCUCAUGGGGACCCCCUGCAACAAAUUCUUAUGUGCCCUCCACCACUGCAGGUGAUGAAGAAGAUGGUCGUUGAUUGGAAUCAAAGCCUCCAGAUUCCUCGAGGCCGGGUGCCAAAAAUGGAGCAGGUACAACUGAACUGGCCUCAUGUGAAGCCUGGCAAGCAAACUUCUUCUAUACAGGCUGCCAUCAUCCCAAUGAGCCGCAAGAACUCCUGAGCUGCAGCCUGACGCCGAUCCAUAAAAUGAUUUACAAACUGUAACAACUCUUCCUUCCUCUCUGGGGAAGACAAACUACAUUCAGAUUGGUCUUGAAGUGACCGCGCAUAUAUAUAAGAUUCUGGCUGGGAGUCAAACUGGACUUCCCCUUGUUGAUAAAAAACCCACAACUUUCUAACAGAACAAGCAUUUUGUUGACUCCUUCUUGAGCUAGAACUUUGCUCGGAGCCCUUAUCAAAAAAUCGUCUAAAUACUGAAACACAUGGGUCCCAUUCAUUCUCGCUCUGGCCACAACAUUUGGAUCCUUCCAAAUCAAGGUCAGCCCCAUGAAGUGAGCCAACCCCCACUUGACUAACCGAAUCUUGAUACAUCUUCUUGUGCAGCCCUACGACCACGCUUAAAAUUGCCAGUGGAAGAAACCUGAGACACAGAGUCCUCAAACAGUUCCAUCAGGCCUUGGGUGAAGUAACAAUGAAUCAACACCGUCAUCACGCAAAAGGUUGCUGUCAAACGUCUUCCAAAGUCUUUGAGACUUUGCUGGAACUACGCCCUGUCAACAAACUGUCCCAUAGGGGCAUUAGUGGGGCUGCAUUGAGCCCUUUGCGAUGACAAAGCCGCAGCCUUAUCUGCCAAUCUUUGUUUUUUCUUUUCCUUAGCCUCAUUAACAAAAGAAGACCAUAAUUCGGAGGACAAACUGCCCAUCUUCAGACACAGAUCGCAGGUGUGCCCACUAGGACCAAAACAGCAUUUAAAGCAUAGUGAGUGUGGGUCAUCCACCCCCAGAACCCUAUGACAUGUUCCGUUGGAACACAGUUUUGCCAUUACGGUAGAACGUGGGCUGUCAGCCAUAUUUUCCCACUCAGUACUCCCCACAAGAGAUCCGCAGAUGGGCUAAAAUUUUGCCUUAAGCUGCCACCUACAGCAAUAGAGCAAACUACACUACUUAAAAAGACCUACACCUGAAUGAUUUUCACAGAACUUUGAUGCCUCUUGGCCUAAUGGUAGCCCAUAUAGACCUUGACAAAACCAUUGUUUUCUUGUUCCUUUAAUUCUUCUGAGUAGUGUAUAAUACUAAUCUACACCUAGCAAAGGUGUACAAAAUACACUUUCUCACAACCGAUAUGCACCUAUACCCGCAAAUUCCUUAGAGCUUUGUGGUUUUUUGGGGACACGAGAGAACACGAAUGAGUGGGAAGAUGCUUAAAGAAACACUGGUGCGCAUGCAUGGAGAGGAUAGUGAAGGGACCUGGAUGUGGACACGUGACAAAGCUGUUUUUUAUCUUUAAGCACGAUGAGUGGGGGUUUCAGGAAAUGUCCUGUACGUAAUACAGAGGCAGAAGUAAGUAUACGAAUGAGAAAGAAUAGCCACUACUUGGCCAGCCAAGAGCUUCUGAAGGCCCAGUGAGACCAGCAGUAGCCACAACUUUUGGAUGCAGCCUUCCUGAGUUACAUGUACAAUGAUGCCCCCCUCCCGUAAGAUGGCUUCUAUGGCUAUGCUGCAAGAAAUUAUAAAACACCUACUGUGUGAUCCCCAUGUAGUAGCCCAUCAACUCAUCAACAAAUCUAUCCAAUCACUGCACUGUAAAGAAAGAAGAAGCUGCUAUUUUUAUUUGCACAUCAAGAACACCCCACAGCAGUAUGGCUAAGUUUUUACCCUGUGUGUACAAUAAACACAGAAUUAUUAGUGCCACAGGCAGAUGCCCACAGCACUGGGAAAGGUAUACUAAUGAAAAUAUACGGGGCAUCCUGGGAGGUGGUUGAAAUCCACUUUCCCAAAAAAUAAACAAAAUAAGAUCUUACUGUAUGCAAUGAGAAGUAUGUUAAUUUUCAACCACGGAACUAGGGAAUUUUUUUAUGAUAAUUAUAAUAAUAAACACAAAAAAAAUGAUAAUUACCGCAGAUAGUACCUUGGGGGAGACAUUCCCACAAGAGCGUGUGUAAAAUGUUUUAACCUUUAAUGACCUCUAACACAAUAUCCCCUCAGUUGACCCUAACCAAACUUGAUGUAUUUAUGUUUUGGACCAUGAUUUAACAAUCUAUCCCAUUUGUGACAAUUACAGUG